AUAAAGGUAUUAAGGCUUGUCUUUUGCGCCAAUUCACAAGAUGUUACACGAUUUUGAUUGAAAAUGCAAUAUGUCCAUUUCCCAAAUGACCAAAUGGGAGGCCUUUUUUUGGGGUCUAAAUUCUGAGAAUAGAAUCAUACCAAAGACAAAAUCUCCAAUAUUUUAUUUAGCGUUGUGGAUCCAUUUGAAAUCGUUUGACCAUUUUGAGUAGCGCGACAAAGUGUGGAGAAGAAACCGUUUGAUGAAAAACGAGUGAACACGCUCAAGUGCAAAUGUGCCCUCACAACUAUUGGGUUGUUGUUGUUGUUGUUGUUUUCUGCCGCAUUUGACUUUGAUGCCGAUGUGAUCUGCACGUGCACUUCGCGCGCCUGAACGCAGCGCAGCACAACAGGUCCGCUAAGUUUUCGGGCGUGUCAGACUUUUGCCGAAUACCAAAAAACAAAACCAAAAAAAAGCCCUCGAGCCGUCGUGCGAGCGACUCACCGCAGCGAAGCUCUUUGGGGCGUGCGUGCGUGCGUGCGUGACGGGAGGAGCCCCCUCCCCAAAUAUAAAGCCCCCUUUUUCCCCUCGGCCACACGGGAGGAGAGAGAACCUGCGAGGAGGAGCUGCCACCUGCGCGCGCUCCUUUGGAUCCGUUGACGCCGAGAAGAAGUCGCGAGUGCGAUCCCAGCCGGUCUCCGAUCGGCGGCUUCGGCGCACGCAUGGCCGCCCUCAUCAGCGCCUACUCGUCGUGGCCCGAGUCGUUCGAGUGUCAUCCGGCGGACGGCAGCGCGGCCUCUGCGGCCGGCGGCGGCGGGGACAAGGCGCCGGAGCCCCGCAUCCGCCGGCCCAUGAACGCCUUCAUGGUUUGGGCCAAGGACGAGCGCAAGAGGCUGGCGGUGCAGAACCCGGACCUGCACAACGCCGAGCUCAGCAAGAUGCUCGGGAAGUCGUGGAAGGCGCUGACGCCGCCCCAGAAGAGGCCGUACGUGGAGGAAGCCGAGCGUCUGCGUGUGCAGCACAUGCAGGACUACCCCAACUACAAGUACCGGCCUCGCCGCAAGAAGCAGCUCAAGCGCAUCUGCAAGCGGGUGGACCCCGCUUUCCUGCUGGGCGGCCUGGCCCCCGACCAGAACGCCCUCCCCGAGCAGCGGGCCCUGUGCCGCCCGCUGGACAAGGACGACGCCGGCCACCCGGCGGGCGCCCGUUUCUCCGGCCCGGGCCCGCCUCUGCCCGGCGUGCGGAGCUUCCGGGACCCGGCGGCGUCCGGCGGUUUCGACGCGUACCCCUACGGCCUUCCCACCCCUCCCGAAAUGUCCCCCUUGGACGCCGUGGAUCACGAGCACGCGCCCCCGUCGUCGUACUACCCCGCCGUCUCCUGCUCGCCCCCCGUGGAGCACCACCAGAGUCACGUGGGCAGCCCGCCGCCGUACCACCUGGACUACGCUCAGACCCAAAUCCACUGCGGGGGUGCGAACGGCCUGAUCCCCGGCUCGUACUACGGCGCCCCCCCCUUCCCCCUGGCUCACCACUGCCUCCAGCACGGCCACCUCGGGCAGCUGUCCCCACCGCCGGAGACGCAAGGCCACCUGGAGACUCUGGACCAGCUGAGCCAGGCCGAGCUCUUGGGCGAGGUGGACCGCAAUGAGUUCGACCAGUACCUCAACUCUGGAGGGGGCGGCUUCCAUCCCGAACAAGGCGGCGGCGGCACCGUCACGGGCCACAUCCAGGUGUCCGCCGCGAGUACCGGCACGGAGACCAGUCUGAUUUCGGUUCUGGCCGACGCCACCGCCGCCUACUACAACAACUACGGCAUCUCGUGAGCUCGAGGGCGACCUCGGCGACAUUUGUCCCUCCUGCUUCCGUUCGGGGUCACGGGCAGGUCAAAGGUCAUCCCAGGAGAGUGCGGUGGGGGAAGCGGGGCACACCCUGAACUGGUCACCAGUCAAUAGCAGCGCACAUGUAACAAACAAACAUCCAUCCAUCCAUCCAUCCAUUUUGUGAGCCGCCUCUCCCCACGCGGGUCGCGGGCGUGCCGGAGCCAAUCCCAGCUAUCGUCGGGCGGGAGGCGGGGUACACCCCGAACUGGUCGCCAGCCAAUCGCAGAGCACAUACAAACAAACAACCAUCCGCGCUCAAAUUCACACCUACGGGCAAUUUAGGGUCCCCAAUUCAUGCGUGUUUUGGGGAUGUGGGAGGAAAGCGGAGAAAAGCCACGCAGGCACGGGGAGAACAUGCAAACUCCACACAGGCGGGGCCGGGAUUCGAACCUCGGUCUUCAGCGCUGUGAGGCAGACGCUCUAACCGGUCGCUCACCGUGCCGCCAAGUCACCCGGACAUUUUUUUUUUUUUUAAGUUACCAUCACAUUCAGCAACAAAAGCGGGGUGUGCCCUGGACUGGUCGCCGUCCAUCCAUUUUCUAGGUUUUCUCCCGUUCGGGGUCACAGGUAGGUUAGCGUCCAUCCCGGGACACUCGCGACUUCACCCUGAACUGGUGACCAGUCGAUCGCAGCGCACAUGUAGACAAACAAGCAUUCACAGCGACAGGCGCUUCCCGGUCUUCGGUUCGCCUAAUAUGCAUGCGCUAGGACGCCAGAGUACCCAGACCGCAGACGCGCUAAACGCCGGGACACCGCAACAAAGCCGCAGACUGACAUAUGCAAGUGGCCGGCGUCGCGAGAAACUCGGAGGGAGGGGCCGCUAAAACGGGACACCUCCGGGAAGCCUAGCGGGGCCCCUACAGUUCCAGGAGCUCAUUUCAACCUUUUUUUUUUUCUUUGUAAUUUUCAAAUGUUUUUUUGUAAUCCUGGCUCUCGCUGAUUGUGACCUCGCUAGUUCUCACCCCAUUGAGGUUGUUGCCCCCUAUCCAAUGCUUAAUAAUAUAAAUAUAUAUAUAUAUAUAUAUAUAUAAAUAUAAUCACAUAUAUGAUGAAACUAGGGUAAAAAAUGUAUGCUGAUUUAGACUGUAAUUUAAAAAUGAUGGAUUGUCAUUUCCUGUAAAAAGCAAACUUGUCAAUAAAAGCAAACGGCUGUGCAUAG